AAGCGUCUGGUGCGCGUGAGUGCAAGCGUGUUUUGAAACCCAUUAUGAGAUAUAUACAUACAAUCGAACAGCCUGCACCAGGGAGAAAAGUGCACGUAUCUGAAUAGCCGCAUCUCGUGCAGCAGCAGCACCACCAGUAGUUGUAGUAGGCUUCAGAAUUCUAGUAACUUCCGCACGGUGGAGCUCGACUAAGAACGCUGACGACAUACUUAGAUCUUGGCUUGAGAACUAGAAUUUUUGUAGACUCAUUUCCCCUCUCUUUUGCCAACUGGAAAGUUUUGGGAAUAAUACAAAUCCUCCGCACCUGCGUGCUGACCUUACUAGCACUAGAUAACUAUUUAUUGAAUUUCUCAUUUGUGGUUCCAUCAUUAAAGAACACAAUACUGAGCUAGUAAGAAUAACAGAGAGGAGAAAGAAAGAGCUUAUAUACUGGUUAUAGAACAAUGUCACGGUUAACUGUUAAAGGAACAGAUAGUUACUACUUCCCCAGAAGUCAGUCUGCUAGCAGCCAUUCUCAGUUCUUCAUAGCAGGAGGUCAAGGUCAGAAGACAGACGAGGAGGAAGGCACCUUUCUACGUAAAAACAGUGAACUGCCACUGUCUAUUAACGAGGCCUGUGAGUACGAUGAGAGUACUGAAAAGACAAACGAAGUUGAACGAGGGAACUGGACCGGAAAAUAUGACUUCAUCCUCUCCCUACUCGGCUAUUCCGUGGGGCUUGGGAAUAUCUGGCGUUUCCCUUACUUGUGUUACAGCAACGGCGGAGGGGCGUUUGUUAUCCCAUUUGUCAUCAUGAUGCUACUUGCUGGACUACCCCUGAUGUUCAUGGAGUUGGCCAUUGGUCAGUACGCCAACCUCGGGCCGGCUGCUCUCUUCGAACGAUUCUGCCCGCUGUUUCAGGGAAUUGGAUACGGUAUGGUUUUGAUUUCCUGUACGGUGAUGCUGUACUACAACAUGAUCAUUGCUUGGACUUUGUUCUACACCUUUGCUUCCUGGUCAAGAAAAUUACCCUGGGAAAAUUGUGAGCCUGGAUGGAGUACGGCUGCAUGUUACUCUUAUCAAGCUGCUGAUGAAUGUGCCAAACGAAACGGAACUUAUUAUAACAAGACUUGUGUUGAUUACGAAACGUCAGUGUCUCUGAACCUUUCAACCAUCGUUAAAACUAUGGUUAAGAAAACUCCUGCUGAUGAGUAUUUUCUACAUUACGUUCUCGACAUAUCGAGAGGAAUUGAAGAUACCGGCGAGGUUAAGUGGUACCUGGUUCUUUGUCUUCUGUUAGCCUGGAUUAUAGUAUUUGGCUGUUUGUUUAAGGGUGUGCAGACUUCGGGGAAGGUGGUAUACUUUACCGCGCUUUUUCCUUAUUUGGUUUUGGUGAUCAUGUUCUUCCGAGGGGUGACCCUUCCAGGUGCUAAGGAGGGGAUUCUAUGGUAUAUAACACCCGACUGGAGCCGAUUAGCUAAGGCUCAGGUUUGGGGUGAUGCUGCUGUUCAGAUUUUCUUUGCCCUUAGUCCAGCAUGGGGUGGUCUCAUAACGUUGUCUUCAUACAAUCCCUUCUACAACAACUGUUAUAAAGAUGCUCUCAUUGUAUCCAUCAGUAACAUACUGACUAGUAUAUUUGCGGGGUUUGUUAUAUUUUCCGUAAUUGGCUAUCUGGCUCAUGAGCUGAACAUGGAUGUGGAGCACGUGGUAGAUCAGGGAGCUGGUUUAGCGUUCAUCGUGUAUCCCGAGGUCGUCGCUAGAUUACCAAUCGCUCCUUUAUGGGCUUUCCUGUUUUUUAUCAUGCUCUUAACCCUAGGGCUGGACAGUCAGUUUACCUUGCUGGAGUGUGUUACAACAGGUAUUUUGGACUGCUUCCCUGUCCUUAGAGGAAAGAAAACAAUAGUGGUUCUGAUAGUUUCAAUAUUUGGCUUCUUUGGAGGAAUUAUAUUUACAACAAGAAGUGGUGUGUACUGGCUGGAACUAUUUGACAAGUAUGCCGCGAAUUUCUCUGUUCUGCUCAUCGCUAUAUUUGAGUGUCUUCUGAUAUCCUGGAAUUAUGGUACACAACGGUUUAUUAAUGAUAUAGAGAACAUGAUUGGACCACGUAAUAGAGCAUGGGCUUUCUUCUGGACUAUCAUGUGGAAAUAUUUCACACCUGCAGCUCUUCUUUUCAUCUUAUUUUUCAACUGGAUUGAGUACGAGCCUCUGAAGUCAGGUGAUUACGUGUUUCCAGGAUGGGCCAAUGCUAUAGGCUGGAUCAUCGCCUUCCAGCCGCUUGUCGUUAUUGUGGGAGUCCUCAUCUGGAAGCUUAUAAGUCUUUCUAAGGGUACAGUAAAAGAGCGCUUUAUAUUCCUUCUGUCGCCUCGGGAUGAUUGGGGUCCUGCCAUCGAUCCGAAGAUCACGUCGGAUGGCAUAGAAGAGAACGGAGUCAACGGAGGAGUCGUUAGAGAAAAUUUCUUAGACAAUUCUCACAUUAAUAUCACUUACACAUUUGAAUCAUCUAUCUGAAACAAGGGGUAUGGUUGAGAAAUGAAAAAUAACAGUUCAGUAAUAAUUAAAGGCAACUGCUGAAAAGCGACGUAAAACUGGAUGUUGCAUAAAGUUUGAGGGAAUCGGUUUUAAACUCAACAAUUCAUAACUCUUAAAAUCGUUAAAAUGGAAAAGACUAGUAAUCUGUUAACAGAUAAUAAUUUAGAAGUUAAGAAACACGCGGUUAUUGGUGUAUAUCUUGCUGUCUUUUACCUUGAUCAGUGUACAUUUUUGUAGUGUGUAUCACGUGAUCUAUUGCCACGUCGGUGAUAGGCUUAGGUAUUUUAUUUGUGAAUGUUUCCUAGGAAACGUAAUGUAUACAAUUAUACAUGCAUAUUAAUCAGAAAUGAUGAUUUUGAAUUUGAGAAUUCAAACACAUUCUACUAUUUAUUUGAUCUAGUAUAAACUGAAUGUCCGCAAUUUUUUCAAUCUUCUCGAAAAUUAAAAGUGGCACUGAAAAUAGCUACUGUGUAAGAUGAAAACUCACUUUUAUCAACAAUAAUUUUAAGUUUUUUCUAAUUCUUUCGUUUAGCUUUAAGCUGUAAAAAUGUUGUGGUAGGUAAUUCAAACCGAAUUUAGGAAACACACGAUGAAAACUAUUUAAUUGUACUCAAACUGGUAAAAAUACUUAAUUGUACUCAUACUGGUAAAAUAUUUCAUUGUACUCAAACUG